UCAGUUACAUCCCAAACCCAAACACAGCGGGUCAGCAGGACACAGCGUCAACACCACCGCUGCGGUACUGAGCGUGAGUCAGCCUGCUAUCAGCUGGCUUUACUACCAGCUAAACUAACUCUACCUCAAAGGGUUAUUUUAUACUUUUCCAAGGUGUGUGUCCCACCCCACGCAUCACCACGGCCCUCACGUGUGUGUUGCGUUGUUUCCCCUGUGAGCCGUCCUGGGCCGGCAGCCCCUUCGUGCAUCGCGCACCAAGCCCGCCUAUGCUCACCAUGACGCGCUCCAAAACCUUUCAGGCCUACCUGCCCACCUGUCACCGCACCUACAGCUGCAUCCACUGCCGGGCACACCUCGCCAACCAUGACGAGCUUAUCUCCAAGUCUUUCCAAGGAAGCCAAGGUAGAGCGUAUCUGUUUAACUCUGUGGUAAAUGUAGGUUGUGGUCCAGCAGAAGAGCGAGUGCUCCUCACCGGCCUGCAUGCGGUAGCAGACAUCUACUGUGAGAACUGCAAAACCACACUGGGGUGGAAAUAUGAGCACGCCUUUGAGACCAGCCAGAAGUACAAGGAGGGGAAGUUUAUCAUCGAGCUGGCCCACAUGAUAAAGGACAAUGGCUGGGAGUGAGGGAUGAAGAUGAGGAGAGAAACAACUUCAUGAAGGAUUUGGGGUAUAAAUGAAGGCAGUUAAAAAGCUGGUUGCUUGGGUAAACAAGUUUGCUGGUUUAA